AAUAAUAAUAACAGUCGGCGUCUAAUUAAAAGUGAUUGACAGGACUUAGACAUUAUAUAUAGGAGUUGCCGAUGUCUGAGACAGCCAUCAAACGUUUGCGACGCGAUCUCAUAGAAAUCAAUGCAAAUCGGCCGACGGGAGUGAUGGUCGGACCGGCCGACGACAACAAUAUGUUUCGCUGGGAAGGUAUGAUUGUCGGGCCGGAGGACAGUGUCUACGCCGGAGGCGUCUAUAAAUUUACGAUAGACUUUCCGCGAACUUAUCCGAUGAAAGCACCGAUAUUUCGAUUUAAGACCAAAAUAUAUCAUCCGAACAUCAAUCCGACCAAUGGAUCCGUUUGUGUGGAUAUACUCAACGAAAAUUGGUCAUCCGUUCAGACAGUGUCCAACAUUGUAUUGUCCAUAUCGUCGCUGUUGACCGACCCGAACCCGGACUCCCCAUUGAACAGCGAAAGCGCCCGAUUGUACAUAAAAAAUAGGAACGCCUAUAAUAAUCGGGUGCGAGAAUGGGUCAAACUAUAUGCCAGUCCUGAGAGCUUGUAAUUUAUUAGAGGAUUUUUUUUAUAACUACAAUAUUAUUAUUAUUAUUAAUAU